AUGAAUGACCUAAGUUGCUACAAUUCACUGGGGGGAUAUCCCAUUGAAAAUUUACUAAAAAAUUUCAAAGAAAAAAAAAAGUCCAUGGAAAGAAAAGAUGUAGAGAAUAAUGUUGAGUACUACGUUGGAAUAUUAUCAAGUAUUAAUUUAAAACUUGUAUACAAUAAUAAUUAUAAAUUAAUUUUGAAAAUUUUGCAAAUAUUGACAAGUAAUGACAUAAGUGUAGAAACUAUAGUUCUAGAUAGAAUUUUAACUUGGUUAAAUUUAAAUUAUAUAUUAGAAAAAAAUGAUAAGAUAAAAAUAAAAAUUGUCAGCAAUAUACUAUCUCUAAUUAGUAAGACUGGAAGACCCAAUUUAAAUGUAAACAUUUUAUUUAACAUGCUGUUUGAUGCCGUUAUUCUGCUUAUACGAAAUUUCUGUAAUAUAAAUAUGUAUUGCAUUCGGAGGAAGGUGGUCUACACACUGGGUAGUGCUGAGAAGCGGAAUGAUGAAGGAGCUAACGGGGGAAACGAUCAUCAGAUUGAGGAACAAAAUGAUAGACUAAGGGAUGGACAAAGCGAUGACGAGAAUGAUUACAAACGUGAUAACGAAUAUGAUGAUGAUGAUGCAGACCCAAGUAGGCUGGGACAAGCUCCGCAACGCGUGCGAUUAAAGAGAAAACGUAAAAAAGGUAAACAACUGCCAAUAGUUGAUAGAAACUAUAAAAAGGAGGUUAGCCCACUGAAUGUUACAAAUUUUAAUAAAAGGAGGAAAAAGGGACAAGAUAAUGUUGAACAAUUCUGCUCAAGUGAGAAAACAUACAACUCGAACAGUAGAAUACACGAUUUAGUUAUAUAUAUAAAUAAUAUAUUUAGUUUAUAUUUUAGAAAUUUAAAAACGUCAUCGGAUGAUAUAAAAAUAUAUGCCUUUUACAAUAAUUUAUUUGCAUUGUACUGUUAUGUAUGUGAUUAUAUAGAGGCUGUUGGGGGUCCACAUGGAAGUAGGUACGUAGGACGCACCAGUAAUGUCCGUACGAGUAAUGCACGUACCUCCCUUAUUGACAACUUAUACCAGAUGAAGUUUAAUAUAAAAAGAAUAGUUGUUAUGAGCAUAGAAAAUAUUGAUGUAUCUUAUUUUAAAAAUAUAUAUUCGUCAUACAUAUGUAGUAAAUAUAGGUUUAGAAUGAAUUACUCCUUUUUAAAUUUUUCAGAGAAUGAAAAAAUAAUUGAAACAGUUUAUUUACUUUUAAAUAAAAUAUCGAAUGAUAAACCAUGUUUUUCUUUUGAUUAUGAAAGAAAUAGCCUUAAUUGUUCAUUUAAUAUAACACAAAAUAAAAAAGAAAAAUUAAGAUAUUUUUUUAAAAAUGACAAAGAAAUGAAUGAGAGAUACAAAUAUCUAAAUAUUUCAAAAAUUAAAGGAUGCAUUAAAUGUUUUAUCAUAAUAAUGAAAUAUUUUUUUAUGACAUAUAAUAGGAAAUCUACUUCACCAUAUUUGGAAAAUUAUUUUUUUUUAUUUUUAUUAAUACCGCACUUCGAAUUAACCAUAUAUACAAAAUUGUUAAAAAAUUAUUAUAUGAAAUUAUUUAACGCUAAUGUCUUUUUUUAUAACAGAGGAAAAUGUGUUCACAAUACUGUUACAAAUACGAUACAGCAAAACACAGAUGGUACCUGUACUGCAAAUAUAAUGAACAAGUCGAAAAAAAACAAAAUGGAGGAAAAGAAAAAGGGAAAAAAUGAUAAUAUCAUGCAAGUAAAUGGAGACAUCGGUGCUUCCGUGGACUUAGAAUUAGUUCGAAACGGAGAACGUGAAGAAAAGAGUGAAACAGAUUUAGAAGUAACCACCAUAGCUGUAGAUGUAGAAGCAGAAGCAGAAGCAGCAACAGAAGCAGCAACAGAAGCAGCAACAGAUGCAGCAACAGAAGAAGAUGCAAACAUGACGCAGAGUGCUAUCCGCACAAAGGAAGUGGAAUAUUUUAAAAGCAUUAAUAUGAAAAUACCGUAUUCCUUUUGCCAUUUUGAGGAAGAUAUUGAUUUAAACCAAAAUAAAGAAGUGUAUAGUAAUAUACACAUUUUAAUAGACUACUCUAAACUAAUUUAUAAAUUUUUAAAUUUUUUAAAAAAAAAAAAUAUUAUAAAAAGAGAUAUAUUUCUAUUUGUUAAUCUAGCUCACUUUGUUAAAUAUAUAUUUGUAUGUUCAAGCAUUGCAUAUCUUUCGCUGUAUGAAAAGAAUAAACAAACUAUAAAAGAAUGCAAAGAGAAUAAUAAUGGUCAAGAACAUAUUGCAAAUUCAGGUGAUAAAUAUGAAAAAAUGUACAUAAGAGGAAAACCACAUCUAUUAUUAUACAACUACAAACUAAAGAAUGUUUUUAGCACAUGUAAAAGAAAUCGAAAAAGAGGAAGUAACAAUCAUAAUGAUGAUAACGAAGUAGUUCACCUUUUCUGUUUGUUCAACAAUAAUAGGCAAAGGAAAGGAAAAAAAAAAGGAAAACUUGUUAUAUAUAUAAACUAUUUAAUAUACACUUGUCUAGUUAAUCUAAUGAAUAUAGUAUACCUGGAAACAAGCACUCGUACUUUUAUCUUUUCAACAUUCUUUUCAUUUAUUAAAAGGAUAAACAGUUACAGUAGAUGCACAAAUAUAAAUGUAUUUACAAGUCAUUACAUACUUAACAUGAGUAACCACGUUAUUAAAAAUAUAGUAUGUUCAUAUAUAAACACAUCUAAUUUGAAUAAGCUGCUAGAGUUUCUACAUAAUCAUGUGGUGAGUGGGGGCACAAACGAAAAAAAGAGGAAUGAACAGAAGGCGCAGCAACAGAAGCAGAUGCGGACUCAGCAGAGGAAUCCCGUGAGAACAAUUAAAUUUUUGCUAACCCCAGUGUUUGUACACGUAUUCAGAGAUAACAUGGACAAACUGAUUGACCAAUCUAUAAACUUUUUGUGUUACUUCGCUGAACUAUAUGAAUAUCACAUAAAGAAUUUGGACAAUUUAUUAAGUCAAAUUUUUCUUUCUCUGAAAAGUAAUUUGAAUCCUACCAAAUCGAUCGAAGUAUUGCAUGUACAAAAUGGUCAACAAACUUCAAUGCUGUAUCCUUCGACGCACGCACCGACGUAUACAAUGCAGCCGUCCGUGCUAUCUUCUCCUGCAGGUGGUAAUGAGGAGGAUCAUUGUUCAUUCGCUAGUUUAGUACAAAAAUAUAAAGCUGCAUUUGUAAAUAUUGAAACGAUGGAAUACAUAUUAUGUUCCUACCUGAUGUGUAUUUAUAAGAACAAUAUAAACAAUAGUCUGUUAAAUUUUAUUAAGAAAAUAACAAAGCUGUAUCUACAGAAGAAAAGAAAUAUAAUUAUUUUCCAUGAAGAGAUUAAGGGAAAUAUUAUUAAUGUAAAUUAUUAUGAUUCUUUCUACAGUCUUUAUAUAUUUAUUUUUGUUAAUUACAGUAUAAGUAGACUAACCAUGUAUACCUUGUUAAAUAGUUCGACAGAUAAAAGCAUAAACACAGGCACAGGCACAGGCACAGAUAUAGACAUAGACAUAGACACAAACACAGCUAAAGAAAAUAUUCGAGUAAUAAUAAAUAUGUUAGAGAACUGUUUUUAUAAUAUUGAACAAACUUACGAUGAAUAUGUUAAGGAUAAUACAGUGUACAAAUUUUUUGACCUACUACAGAUCCUUUUGGAGACGAUGUAUUUCUAUAUCUACUGUGAUGAGGUGCACUUGACAGACAAGAGAAAACUUCUUACUUACCUGCAGGAGCUCACGAACGUGUUGAAGAAAAACGCCCUUUCCGAGUAUUCAUAUGUAAUGAAGAAGAGAAUUUGCAAGUAUAUAUCGUACUUCUUUAUAUACAAUUACAUAUACUUAAUGAAAAGAUUUAAUCGAGAAGAGGAGUUAGAAAAUGUUUACUUAAAUUUUAUAAGCAUUUUAUUUAUUGAUAUUAAUAUAAUAAAAAAUGAACGAGAUUAUAGCUUUUUUUUUGAAUUCUUUUCUAUGAUUCAAGAUAAGGAAAAAUUGUGUAAACUAUUUGCUGAACUUUUUACGUUGCAUUACAUUUUACUUAUAAACAAUUUAGAGCAUAAUUUUAGGGAAAAAAAAAAAGAAUUAAAAUAUUAUAAAAAAAGGUUUGACAAAAGGAGGGAAGAAACAUGUUUAACAGCAUAUGUUAAUAAGUUAAUUAAAAAGAAUAAAAAGUAUAUUGUUAAUAAUAAAUGGUAUGAGAUAUUCAAUCUGAGUAAUAAGGUGAUUGUAAAGCAGGAAAAUUAUUUUGAACAUGUUUGCACUUAUUACAACGAAAUGAUGUUAAUAUUUUCUGAACGUUCAGAAAAAAUUAAAGUGCCUUUCGACAUAUAUGUAAAAAAAAAUAAUAAUAAAAAAAGUAAAGAUGAUAGUUAUUUAAAUAAAGAUGUAUGCAUUUUAAGUAAAUUAUUUUUAUUAUUUAAUGAUAUAGAAAAUAUGGAAGACAAUUUAUAUACACUGUUAUGUAAAAUUUUCGAAAAUUUUAAAAAUUAUAAUAUUUAUUAUGAACAUAUUUUGAUUAAUAUUUUACAUUGCUUUGUUAAGAAUUUACAUUCUAUAAAAAGAAGAGAAAACAAAGUCACAUUUUCUCAUUUUAUAAAAUUUUCUUUUAAUAUUUUUAAAAAGCAGUUAGAGUAUAUAUCAAACAAAAGACAUAUGAGUAGGAAAAAUUUACUUGUUUUAAAACUCUUUUUUCAUAUCUUUUUCAUUUUUAUAAAUAAGCAAGGUGAAAGAAAUGAUGAGAAGGAGGAGAAGGAGAAGGAGGAGGAGGAGGAAGAAGCUCAAUUACAUGUUGAACGACCAUCUGCCGAAUUCUGCACGUGUACUCAAAAUAGUAAAAAAUUAACGAAAAAGGACGAAAAAGGGAAAGAGGAAAUUCCUCAAAAGAAGAACACAUUACACUAUUCUAGCAGCGAUUCUGAUGCUGACCACUACAACAAUACGCACAGUAAUGUAGGAAAGAAAUGUAAAAGGGAAAACUCGAAUAUGGUAAAAAAUAGGAACAAAAAAAUAAAAAAUUGCUUUAUUUUUUUUAUCAAAUAUUUUUUGUUAAUUCACGAAAAGCUAUUGACAGAGGCAGAAGAAAAAAAAGACGAGGUCACUCUAGACGAGGACGACAUAUCGUAUCUCAUAAAUCAUAUACAAAAAAGCAGCGAUAGGAGGGGCAGUAGCAAUGAUAGAAUCAUGGGUCCUUCCGUCCGCAGUGUACAAAACAACUUCAAUAAAUCGCUAAAAGUUUUUAAGAAGUUUGUCAAAAAGUUACUACUUAGCAGUACUAACAAAAACAGCGGUGUCGUACCAAUAAAUAUUUUCUUUUUAGAUUUAAUAGAAUAUAUAUUCGUAUCGUUUUUAACGAAUGGAAAGUUUUCCAUGUAUUGUAACAAUCCAGUUCUUCGAAAAAUUAUUAAGACUCUUCAAAACAUUAAGGUCCAUCGUAUAUUCUGUCAAGUCAAUGACGAAUGCAAAUUUUUUCUCUACAGUAUUUUUAUUUUGAAAAUUUUCAAUAUGAAACGGGAAAAAAAACAAAGAGAUCAGAUGAACGGUGCAGUAAGUGAUAAGAUAAAUGGAGCUAAAAAUAAUACAAACAAACUAACGGACAGUAUAUAUGAACGCACUGGCGAUAACGAAGAUGUGCAUAUCAGCUUUUCUGCAAAUAAUAAAGAGGGGGAGAAGGUCUUGCUAAAAAUAGAGGAAAAGAAUAAGGAAUGUAAAAUGAAAAGAGGGGUGAGGAAAAAUAAGGAUAUAAUCAAUAUAUCUAAUUUAAUUAUUUUCUUUAAAUUAUUUUUGUCUGUAAAUUUAAAGAACGUUAUUUACAAUUUUAAAGAGGAAAAUAAUAAAAGAAGUUGUAUAAUUAUAUACGAUUUUAUAUUUAACUAUAACAAGAUAUUAGUAGAAUGUGAUCAUAUGAAAUCAGUGUAUAUAUGUUUGAAAUACAAAAGUGUAAUUCAAAAUAUAUGUAGUAUACUAGAUUAUUUAUAUGAAGAUGUAGCACACAUAUUAAUAUAUAUCGAUAACGUUAUUAUUAAAACAUAUAAAGAGGAAAAAGAAAUUAAAAACUUCAUAUACCUAGCAAACAUAUAUAUAAUGACAUUAAUAUAUUUUGUUUGUAACAACAAGAAAUUUUUAUCACUUAUAAUAUUACGAAAACAGAAAUUAAAUAACAUUUCUCAUUUUACUAAUAUAUACAUUCAUUUGAUUAAAUAUGUUGACGGGCUUUUAGACAAUGCUUACAUAUAUAACAACAGUUAUUCAUCCUUCCUUGUCUUUGUAUGCAACUAUUGCAGACUCUUAAUCAAAACAAUGGAUAUAAUGAAAAGGCAGAUAUUAAGCAAAAACGAGAGCGAUGAAAAACUGGAGAUCAAGGGCUUUAUAACUCAUUUCUAUAUUUUAAAUAAUGCUAAUUUAUUUGAACGGAACAAGUUUUAUUUAUAUUUACUGAAUCAUCAGCUUUUUGCAAUUCUUUACGAAUUCUUCAGCAUAAAAAAAAACGAGCAUGUGAUAAACUCCCAAAAAAUGAUUGUUGAGAUUAUGAAGAAGAGCGGGUAUGCAAUAAAGUUCUUGUGUUCAUAUUUGGACUCAGUGUUAUACCUUGAUAGCAGGAUAAAUAAACUAUUAUUGCGGGAUGCAAAUUUUCUUUUGUUGCUUUUAAAAAAUAAUAAAAAUUUAUUGAACUUAUCGAGAAUUGCCUUUCCUAUAUUAAUUAAAGUUGUUGAAAUUUAUGAAUUAAUUUCUAAAAAUUACAUAACAAAUGAAGAAGAAUACGAAGAAAAGAAAAUCCUUAAAAAGAUUUUUCAAAUUAGUUUAUCAAUACUUGAUGAUAGCUCCAUUCAGUUUUCAUAUUCAGCGCUGAAUGAAAAAAGGAGAGAAAUUUUUAAUUCCCUGUCCAGUUAG